ACAUUUUAUUGCAAUUACAAAAUGAAUGCGUAUAAAUACAAGCUACAUUUAAACUUCAAAAACUCAUAAUGUCAUAAUAAAAAUGCAAGGAUAUUAACAUGAUUAAGUCCUCCAACGACGCAUCGUGUACUUUGCUUUAGACGUCCACGUGUAUCAGUAAAGACGAUGAUAAAGAGGAGGCCACACCACUGGAGUAAACAUCAGAAAGACCUAUUCCUCCAUGUUGUAUAUAUGUUGCACCAAGAGGUACCGGAAACAGCAAGGGGCUUCCGCUUCCAAACUUUAAAAGUACAACAGUACUAUUACGCAUCAUCCGGAACUAGGGCUCCUCUCUGAAUUCACAAACUACUGCCCGUAUUCAUUGUCGGUCUAAACAACCGCAAAUAACACACCACGUCCCCGUCCCCCCCGGCUUACAAGCGGAUAAAGAAACGUAAAUCUCCCUGCCAAUUCCUGCCACUGGCACAGGUGAGCUCAGCCUCCCCAUCAAGCGUGUGAGCCACGCUGCCCUCCCUUGUAAAAAAACUCUAAGGAAGCCACACUGAGCCAAUCCAUUGCUGUAUUAUGAUCCCUACAGACGUUUUAGAUUAACCACUAUAAAUAUAUUAUACAUACUACUUGGCGAUUCCUUUUACUUUAGCGCACAACUAUACGAGUUUAAAGCCAAACUGUAGAAUGACGGAGCUACGUCUUUAAAGUUUCCCAUUUCCGUCGCGUUAACCUGACGUCGGUACUUUCGGUAACUUCCGGUCACCGAUUCUUGGAAUAUUUGUCGAUCACGUCUGUAACUACCAGGUGAAACAUGACCGAAUUAAACAGACAGCUUCAAGAAUACCUGGCACAGUCCAAAAACGGCGCUGGUUCGAGUACUGUAGUCAGCGUUGAGGACGUUCCGCCGGUGAAGCAGAACUUGUUCAGCAGCUGGUCCAAUCCCUUUACGCGGUCGGCUACCAACGGCGCCUCAGCAGCGGGACCCAGCUUUUCGUGGCCAUGGACAUCGGAGCCGGACCCGUGUUUGCCCGGGAUGAGCAGAUCACAGAGACUUAUGGCUUUCGGGGUAUGCGCUGCACUCUGCGUCUUGUGUUUUGGACUAGCCGGCCUUUACGCCCCAUUUUUGCUCUUCAAAGCCCGGAAGUUCGCUCUUCUCUGGUCCCUCGGGUCGCUUUUUGCAUUGUUUGCCGCGGCGAUCUUGCGCGGACCCAGCAAGUUACUAAUGUCCCCGACUCCUGGUGCCAUUUUCUACCUCUGUACCUUGGCAGCGACCCUGUACGCUGCCCUCGGUCUCCACAGCACUCUCCUGACUGCUCUGGGGGCCGUCCUCCAGGUCACCGCCAUUCUGGGGUACGUUGUCGCCCUGCUCCCGGGAGGAAGCAGUGGGAUGCGGUUCCUUGGCAGUCUUGCGACAUCGGCAAUCAAAAGGACCGUUUCUGGCAAAACCAUGCCCAUCUGACACGAAGCUGGACGCUGCUGGAAUCUAUUUUGCCGAUCGAAAAGCCUGGCGUUCCUAAAACACAUGGUGGCUGUUGUGCCACCCAGGAUCUUACCAAGUUUAAUGUAAGGUUUAUGACACUAUACAGGCUUUCUGGAAGUGUGUAACUAAGCAUUAGCGAACAAGAAAGCCGCAGGGACCACUAACAGCUUUUCUUCCGCCAUUAUUGUGGAACAGGACAAUGUACAAGAAAGUUUUGCUUUUGUAUUUUACUGAUUUAUCCAGCUUAACCGAGUUGAAAUAAAACACUCAUACUGUUAAA